GACCGACUGGUCACCUGCACAGCGUACGGGAGCCAUGUCGCCAUGUCCCACCAUGACGGUGAGCGAAGGCGUGAAGCAGUUCUCGAGGCUGUGGAGGAAAAGAUCCACAUUGGCUCCAGAGGACGAAGUGGAGAAGAUUUGGGUCGUCACUGGCGGCGUUAACCCUGACGGCAUCGUUGUGAGGACAAGCGUUGAACUCGGUUCUGCAGAACUGGGGCGUCUGGCCUUGCAAGCGAAAGUCCGCCAGCUGCGGAUUUUGAAGGGCCGCUUGCAGUACCAGCUGCUGUCAGGACACGGGCCUGAGACCGGCUGGGUGAGCUUGAAGGUCGGCGGCAAGGAGCUUCUGGAGAAGGCACCAGAGGAGAGACUUGUUUCUGCUGCAGCGAGUGCGGAUGGUUCGGCUGCGAAUCCGCAGGCGCCUCAUGACGAGGUGUCGCCAACGAAUGAUGGAUCUCAUCAGGAGGUGACACCUUUGCCACAAGCCACGGAGCUGGCAGCUCAAUUCGAGGCCAAAAGCGGCACCCUCUGGGAGGUGACGGGUGGCCUGAAUCCAGAAGGUUUGCUUGUGAGGGCCUCCAUGGCCCGCAGCUCCCUAGAGCUGCCGCGGCGCCUGGCGCCUGGGGCGCGGCUGCGGCAGCGGCAGUUGGUGGAGGGCCGUUUGUGCUACGAGCUGGUCUCUGGAGAAGGUCCUGAAACCGGCUGGGUCAGUCUGCGGGCAAAUGGGUGUGAGCUGCUGAGGAGGAUCCUGACCACCCCCAAAGCCUCAGAGGAUCCUUUGCUGAACACAGACUUCAUGGGUAUCCCUCGAGGCGCCUGCACAAGCUGCCGCCAGUGUACCAUGUGGGUGUUCGACUCGCUUUCCUUGGUGGAAUGGGGUGGCAACGACACAAAGUCAACCAUCGAGGAACGUCGAAACUCCUAUGAUCGGAAGAUGCGGGGCUACCAGGAGAAGCGGAAGGGCCAAAGUGCCCUGUGCGAGCGCUGCCAAUGCCCCGCCGAGCAGCACCUGGAUCUCUCUGGAUGGCUGGAAGCAGUGCGCACAGCGGCCAGGCCAUUUCGGGAAACGUACGAGGAGGCAAUCCGCAAGGACCCGGCAUAUCGCCAUCUCGGCCGGGCGAUGGGCACUGCCCGCACCCGGCGCCUGCCGCGGGCUAUGCGGAUCCCGGCAGACUCCCUCACCUGGCAGCACCGGGAGGUCGCCAUGUUUCUGCUCUCUUUGGGUGUCUAUGACCCACGCAGGGAUGCCCGCAAGCAGCUGGGUGACGCAGGCCACGCCAACGAGCUCAUCUCCGUGAUUUGUCCGACAAGUGAGAAGCGCCAUGCAUUUCAUCCUUUGCUUUACGAGAACUUUUGCUUGCAGAGCUACGAGGACAAGGAAUUGGUGGUGAUAGACACCGGCGCCAAGCCCUCCGACUUCCUGCUCCGCAAGGCUGCAGAGGACUCCCGCGUGAUCUACUACCAUUUCGUGGUUGAUGACUCUCGCGAGAAUGAUCCCAUGUCUGCAGUGAUCCUGGAUGAUGGCUUCUCUGUGCUAACAGGUGAAGAUGUGAAGAAGAGGCGUGGCCUGAGCUUCAAGCCUCGCGGUGGCUGGUCACUAGGAUUCAAGCGGAACUUGUGCUGCCACCUGGCACGUGGCGCAAUCAUUGCUCAUUUCGAUGAUGAUGAUUUGUAUGCAGCCAAUUAUCUCAGCCGUAUGAGUGCGACGCUGGCCCAACGCAAGCGCGCGAUGCAGCCAGCGGCCGCCACGCUCUCGGAGUGGCACAUGAUGGACGUCAAGGACCAGCGCUUUGGAUUCUUUGACCCCAAGACUGACAACUUGCUCAGUCACGAGCAGCGAGAGUCCUUUAUGUAUGGCUAUGGCUUCUCCUUCGUCUACACCCGGUCAGCUUGGGAAACAGUGCCUUUCCCCGACACUGAAUGGUCUGAAGACGGGGACUUCAUGGGCCGCCUCCAGCUGAGACGCAUACCCAUUGAGCUUGUGCGAUGCCCGCAGGCUUUGGCGGCCCAUACCCAUCACUCGGAUUCCACCAGCGGAGGUGAGCUUUGUGGCAACAUCCGAUUGGGCUACGCCGUCCAGACGCCUGAGGAGUUCAAAUCGGUUCUGCCAACUGCGCGCCGUGUGGCGCUGGACACCAGAGUUCGGCAAGGAUCACAACAUCCGCUUCGAGCAGAGAUGCAUCGUGUGCUGGAUGGCGGCUUCGGUUACGCGCCUUCUGAAGUUCGGUGGCACGAGAAGGAGCAGUUCCUGAGAAACAACCCGGACGUCAGCAAGCGGUCGGCGACGCUGCAGUACAAGGAGUGGCAGGGCAGCUUUCCGCGAGGCCUUCACGGCGCAGUUGCCGCGGUGCCCGCCAAAGCAGCUGGCGGCGGCAAUGCGAAGCCUGGUGAGGUGGGAUCACGUUGCACGAAGCUCAACGGGAAAUGCGCCUUCGAGGACCUUCGAUUAGCCGCCCGCGUUCAGAGCUUCUACCUGGAACACAACAGGCAGUUCACCUACAAACAAUACAUGAAGCUGCUGUUGCCAGGUCGCCUCACACAGCACGCAGUCAUGGAGUGUCAGAACUACACAGAGUGUGGUAGCCUGGGCGCAGACAACAGCUCGGCCUUGCUGGUGAGCUGCUUGGCGCUGGGCCGCGCGGGCUUCGGGCGGCAGCCGGUGCCCACCCUAAGUCGGGACGCGACUGUCCAGACGGUGUCACGGUUUCCGACGGAUCCGGUGGUGCCGCCGAAGGCGACGCCAAAAGCAACCUUCCCACAGCUGCCGAGUGUGGAGGAGUCGCCACACCGCGAGGAGAGCAGUGUUUUCGGACUCAGCGUGACGGAUGAAGGCCUCGCUCUUCAGAAGAUGAAAGACGAGCUUUUGAUGAAGCUCUCUGAUCACGACAAGAUUCUUAACCAGAUCUUGCAGAAAUUAGGACAAGGAGGGCUAGCGCAAGAUCUGCGCGGUCGCGGCGUUAAAGUGGUCGACUUUGGCCUGAGACAGCAGAGCGAUGACUCAGCAUGUUCCAAAGCUGUUGCUGGCGGAUCUCACGAAAUGCCACCGAUGAGGCCUGACGCGCAGGAGCAGGAAGCGCACUACGAGAAGAAAGACGCAUUCGCGAGACCGACAUUCACUCCUGCUCUUUUCAGUACCUUUACCCAGUUUGAACUUGACAAGCAAGAAGAGGCCUAUGCUGUUGAUGGUGCCGUCAGCCGAGUGCUGUACUCGCAGGAUGCAAAGACCACCUCAACGCAGCCACGUGGGACCUGGGUCUCGAGGAUGGUAAAACACACCUUCUUCGACCUUUUCUGUGCUUUUGUCAUCAUCACCAACUCCAUUUUCCUUGGCGUGGAAGUCGAGCUCACAAUCGCACAGCCAGAGAGUUUCCAGCAAGGCGUACACGUGAUCCAGUAUGUGUAUGCUGCGUGGUUCCUGCUGGAGCUGAUUCUUCGAGUCUACGUGGACGGUCGGGGCUUCUUCUGUGGAGAGGACUGGCUAUGGGGAAUGCUGGACGUGUUUGUUGUGAUGAGUUCCAUUUGGGAGCUGGCUGUGGAUAUUGUCUAUGCACUGCACCAAGACGGCCCUGGGGGAGUUACAAGCGUAUCUGGCCUCAAAGCUCUCAGGAUCAUUCGAAUUACUCGAGUCAUCAAAGUUGUCCGUCUCAUGCGUGUGUUCAAGCUUCUGAUGGCCUUCCGAACGCUUAUCACCUCCAUUGUGUACACGCUGAAGUCGCUGUUUUGGGCGCUGAUGCUGCUCAUUGUCAUUGUGUAUGUCUUUGCGGUGCUCUUUUCACAGGCAGUCAAUGAUUUCAUGAUCGAGGCUGCUGCUGAUCUGUCGGAGAAGGAGCUUGCGCAUUGCCACGCAUACUUUGGCUCGUUGUCCAAUACCAUGCUGAGCCUCUUCAUGAGCAUAUCUGGCGGAGUCAGCUGGGAGGACGUUCUGUUGCCGCUGAAAGCGGUCUCCAUCGUCUGGGUGUUUGUCUACCUGUUUUACAUUUCUUUCACGUACUUUGCAGUUUUGAACGUGGUUACUGGUGUAUUUUGUCAGUCAGCGAUAGAAUCUGCGCAGAACGACCACGCAGCUGUGGUCCACUCGAUCUUAAGGAACAAACAGGCACACGUUGACAAAAUCUACUCCCUCUUCAGCAAACUGGGCGCCGAAAGAACUGGUGUCAUCACCUUCGCCAUGUUCGAGGAGAAAAUUAACUCCCCGGCAGUGCGCGAAUACUUUGACAUCUUGGGACUUGACGUUUGGGAUGCAUGGACCUUCUUCAAGCUGCUGGACUUAGACGAGGGUGGUGAUGUAGAGAUUGAGGAGUUCUUGAUGGGCUGCUUGCGGCUGCGUGGCUUCGCCAAAGCCAUUGACGUGGGCAAGAUCAUUCAUGACCAGACGUGGCUCAUUCGCAGUACCGGCAAGUUCCACAGCCACGUUGACGAGGAGCUUACGCGGCUUUCUGGGCAAAUGUCCCAAUUGCUGGGGCUCAUCCAAGGUGUUUGA